GUCGCUGUUGGAAGAGCGAGGAAUAGUUGUGUAGAAAGAGGCGGAGGGAACCAGACGGACCCCUCCAAAAAACCGAGAAAAACGUUGGAUCGAUUAAUCCACACGGACACCAUCUCGACGGGUCUGUAAGCAGUUUAUGGCGAGAGAAGGAAGGAAGGAGGAAGAGGAGAAGAAGAAGAGGAGCACAGUGCGACUUAGAAGAGGAGGAGGAGUCGUUUGGGGACAGACGAGAAAAAUAAAGCAAAGUGGGGGAAAAAGCCAGCAGGACGUUUGGAGGGGAGAGAGAGCCUGAGAAAGAGAAGAGGAGAAGAGAGGAGAAGAGGGGAGGGGAGAGGAGAGGAGAGGAGAAAACGCCCUGCUGUUGCUGCUGCUGCUGGUGGUGGUGCUGGUGGAAGUGGAUCCAUCCUCUAAAUAAAAAAAUAAUGCAAAACUUUUGAGGCCUGAGGCCAGACAUGGGGUCAGAAGUUGACCCUUCUUAGUCCUGCAACUUUCUCAGAAGUUUCUGGGCUCUGGUCUGUUGGUUUCUGUGGCUGAGCUGCUCUUUCUGCUCGAUUGGUUUUCGGUUCCUCGAUCCUGGAUCGUGCCAGAGAGUUUGGGGAGGGAGGUGGAGGCGGAGGAGGCGGCUGCUCUAGGCGCUCUAGGCCCCGGCAGCCCGGAGUAAGCGAACACCUUCCUAUAUAUUAUUUAAUGCCAGGGCUGAGAGGGACUUAGGCGCGGGCUGCGAUGUCUCCUGGAGCGGAGAGGAGGAUGGAAAACAGGCUGAAGAAGCUGGAGGCCCUGAUCAGGGACCCCAGGUCCGCCAUCAACUUGGAGAGCUUGCUGGACGCCAUGAAUGCCCUGGUUCUGGAUCUGGAUUUUCCGGCCUUACGCAAAAACAAGAACAUAGAAACCUUCUUGAACAGAUAUGAGAAAGUCAUGUCUCACAUUCGGGAGCUGCAGAUGAAGCAGGAGGAUUUUGACAGAGUGAAGGUGAUCGGCAGAGGAGCGUUUGGAGAAGUACAGUUGGUGAGACAUAAAGCCUCUCAGAAGGUUUAUGCCAUGAAGCUGCUGAGUAAGUUUGAGAUGAUCAAGCGUUCGGACUCGGCUUUCUUCUGGGAGGAGCGGGACAUCAUGGCGUUUGCCGACAGCCCCUGGGUCGUGCAGCUGUGCUGUGCCUUCCAGGAUGACCGUUAUCUGUACAUGGUGAUGGAGUACAUGCCGGGUGGAGACCUGGUAAACCUGACCAGUACAUAUGAUGUUCCAGAGAAGUGGGCAAAGUUCUACACGGCCGAAGUGGUCAUGGCUCUGGACGCCAUCCACUCCAUGGGCUUCAUCCACCGCGACGUCAAACCAGACAACAUGCUGCUGGACCGCAACGGCCACCUCAAACUCGCCGACUUCGGCACCUGCAUGAAAAUGGACUCGACGGGUAUGGUGCACUGCGACACGGCGGUGGGAACGCCAGACUACAUCUCGCCCGAGGUGCUGAAGUCCCAGGGAGGAGACGGCUACUACGGCCGAGAGUGCGACUGGUGGUCUGUAGGAGUGUUCAUCUUCGAGAUGCUAGUGGGUGAUACUCCAUUCUACGCGGACUCACUGGUGGGGACCUACAGUAAAAUUAUGGAUCACAAGAACUCUCUGAACUUCCCUGAUGAUGUGGAGAUCUCUAAGGAGGCCAAAGGCAUUAUCUGCGCUUUCCUGACAGACAGGGAGGUUCGCUUGGGCCGUAAUGGUGUGGAGGAGAUUAAGCGUCACCCUUUCUUCAGAAAUGACCAGUGGACCUUUGACACGAUCAGAGACACGGCAGCUCCGGUGGUGCCAGAGUUGAUCAGCGAUAUCGACACUAGCAAUUUCGACGAGAUCGAAGAGGACAAAGGAGACGUGGAGACAUUUCCCACGCCUAAAGCUUUCGUGGGGAACCAGCUCCCCUUCGUCGGCUUCACCUACUUCAAAGAAGACCAGUUGUUGAGCGCCUCCAACAGUUCAGCAGAACAUCCUACAAAGGGAGAGGACAGUGUUGCAAUCCAGAAGAAGCUUCACUGCCUGGAGGAGCAGCUCAAUAACGAGAUGCAGGCCAAAGAUGAGCUGGAGCACAAGUACAGGACAACCAGUGGACGACUGGACAAAAUCACCAAAGAGCUCGAAGAAGAGAUUAACAGUAGGAAGGUUUUGGAGUCUUCUCUGAGGCAGCUGGAGAGAGAGAAAGCUCUGCUGCAGCACAAGAGUGUGGAGAGCCACAGAAAGGCUGAGAGUGAAGCAGAUCGCAAACGCUGCCUCGAAAACGAAGUGAACGGUCUGAGGGACCAGCUGGAGGAGAUGAAGAAGAGGAACCAGAAUUCUCACAUUUCCAACGAGAAAAACAUCCACCUGCAGAGACAGCUGGACGAAGCAAAUACUCUGUUGCGCGCCGAGUCAGACGCUGCGACGCGGCUGCGGAAGGCGCAAACCGACUCCAGUAAACAGCUGCAGCAGCUGGAGACGCAUGUGAGGGAGCUGCAGGAUAAGUGCUGUCUGCUGGAGAGCAGCAAGCUGGCUCUGGAGAAAGAUUACAUCGGUCUGCAGGCCGCACUGGACACAGAGACGCGCGAACACACGCAGCGCUCCGAGACCAUCUCCGACCUGCAGGCACGCCUCUCCAGUCUCGAGGAUGAGGUGAGGCAGGCGAGACAGGCUCUGUCCAAAGCAGAGAGUGAAAAGCGGCAGCUACAGGAGAAACUCACAGACCUGGAGAAGGAGAAGAGCAAUAAGGAGAUUGAUAUGACGUAUAAGCUGAAGGUGCUGCAGCAGAGCCUGGAGCAGGAGGAGGCGGCCCACAAGGCCACGAAAGCCCGUCUGGCGGACAAGAGCAAGAUCAGCGAGUCCAUCGAGGGAGCCAAAUCUGAGGCCAUGAAAGAGCUGGAGCAGAAGCUGCAGGAGGAACGUGCCUCUAAGCAGCGUGUGGAGAACCGGCUUCUGCAGCUGGAGAAGCAGAACUCCAUGCUGGACUGCGACUACAAGCAGGCCCUGCAGAAGCUCGAGGAGCUGCGCAGACACAAGGACAGACUCAAUGAAGAGGUGAAGAACCUCUCUCUGAGGAUUGAGCAGGAGAUCCAGAAGCGCAGCCUGACCCAGAAUGACCUGAAGGUCCAGAACCAGCAGCUGAGCACGCUGCGCACAUCAGAGAAGCAGCUCAAGCAGGAGAUCAACCACCUGCUGGACAUCAAACGCAGCCUCGAGAAGCAGAACACGGAGCUGCGCAAGGAGCGUCAGGAUGCCGAUGGUCAGAUGAAGGAGCUGCAGGAUCAGCUGGAGGCAGAGCAGUAUUUCUCAACACUCUAUAAGACUCAGGUGCGGGAGCUGAAGGAAGAGUGUGAGGAGAGGAAUAAGCUGUAUAAGGACAUGCAGCAAACCCUGCAGGAGCUGCAGGAGGAGAGGGACUCUCUGGCCGCUCAGCUGGAGAUCACCCUGACGAAGGCGGACUCGGAGCAGCUGGCUCGCUCCAUCGCUGAGGAGCAGUACUCUGACCUGGAGAAGGAGAAGAUCAUGAAGGAGCUGGAGAUCAAGGAGAUGAUGGCCAGACACAGGCAGGAACUGGCAGAGAAGGACAUCACCAUCAGCUCAUUGGAGGAAGCGAACCGCACGCUGACGAGUGACGUGGCGAACUUGGCAAAUGAGAAGGAGGAACUUAACAACAAGCUGAAGGAGGCACAGGAUGACCUGCAGAAGCUGAAGGAUGAUGAGCAGUCCAUCACUCAGAUGAAGCUGGCUUAUGAGAAGCAGCUGCAGUCAGAGAGGACCCUCAAAACACAGGCUGUGAACAAGCUGGCCGAGAUCAUGAACAGGAAGGAGGUGCGUGGCGGCGGUAGUCGCCGUGGAAACGACACGGAUGUCAAGAGGAAAGAGAAAGAGAACAGGAAGUUGCAGCUGGAGCUGCGUUCAGAAAAGGAGAAACUCAACAGCACCAUCAUUAAAUACCAGCGAGAGAUCAACGACAUGCAGGCGCAACUGGCGGAGGAGUCGGUGAUGCGGGUGGAGCUGCAGAUGGCUCUGGACAGCAAGGACAGCGAUAUCGAGCAGCUCCGCGGCCUCUUAAACUCCCUCAACGUCCACUCCCUCGACUCGGCCAGCAUGAGCAGCGGCCCCGAUUUCGAAACGGAUGAGUCACUACCAGAGACGAGACUGGAGGGCUGGCUGUCUCUUCCUGUGAGGAACAACACCAAACGCUUUGGCUGGGAGAGAAAGUAUGUUGUGGUGAGCAGUAAGAAGAUCCUCUUCUACAGCAGCGAGCAGGAUAAAGAGCACUCCAAUCCCUGCAUGGUGUUGGACAUAGAUAAACUCUUCCACGUUCGAUCCGUCACGCAGACAGAUGUGUACCGCGCUGACGCUAAAGAGAUUCCCCGAAUAUUUCAGAUCUUGUAUGCUAAUGAGGGCGAGAGUAAGAAGGAGCAGGAGCUGGAGCCUCUGCCCAUCGGGGAGAAGUCCAGCUACAUCUGCCACAAGGGUCACGAGUUCAUCCCCACCCUCUACCACUUCCCCACUAACUGUGAGGCCUGCACCAAACCCCUGUGGAACAUGUUCAAGCCACCUCCAGCCCUGGAAUGCCGAAGAUGCCACAUCAAGUGCCACAAAGACCACAUGGACAAGAAGGAGGAGGUCAUCGCACCAUGUAGAGUGAACUACGACGUGUCUACAGCCAAGAACCUGCUGCUGCUGGCUGCAUCUCAGGAAGAGCAGCAGAAAUGGGUCAGCAGGCUCGUCAAGAAAAUCCCCAAAAAGCCGCCUGCGCCGGAGACAAUCCACCGCUCCUCUCCUCGUGUCCCCGUUAAAGUACAGGCGAGCCAGUCUAUGAGGAGACCCAGCCGACAGCUACCAGCCAGCAAACCCAGGGCUGUGCACAACUCUAAGGAGCCUACAGCGCCCCCUCCAGGCAGGGAGAAAUUCAUCUACCACAAGGGUCAUGAGUUUAUGCCCACUCUCUACCACUUCCCCACCAACUGUGAAGCCUGCACUAAACCCCUCUGGAACAUGUUCAAGCCUCCUCUGGCUCUGGAGUGCCUGCGGUGCCAAAUCAAGUGCCACAAAGACCACAUGGACAGGAAAGAGGAGGUUCUGAGACCUUGCACUCCGACCAAAUUCAACCCCGAGUUUGCAACUGGGUGAAAGUAGCUGGAUGAGGAGUUUCUUUGUAGCGCUAACACAUUCAAAAUGAGCUGGAGCUGAAGAGGUCUCAAUCGCAGCAUGAGUCUUCUGGCACUGUAUGAGGCAUCCAUUCAGGAGUUUCAUACAAGGCAUCUUCUAAAAAAGGCCAUCAGUAGAAAUGGCACACGGGUUACUUCAGCUCCGGUUCAUUUUCCAAAUUUGCACGCUGUGGGAACGGCUACUUUAAUGGUGCACUGGUGAUCUCUCGUGAACUCAGCAUCCAUGGCAUGUUCUUUGCCACUAACAAUGCGUAGAGUUGCUUUGUGUUCAGUUUGGCACAACUUGACGCCUAUUUGGGGGCUGAAACGUAGAUGUAGAUACUGGAACUUUCAGAUUCCUUUAUUCAGAUUCAGAUACAAAACUUAAAAAAAAAAGUUAAAUCAACAAUUCCAACAUUCUUGAUUUUUCAAAAAUGUUGAUUAGACUCAUUUGAUAGUGAUCACUUAGAUUUCAGAAGCUAUUUAUUUACAGACUUAUUUACUCUUAGCCUUUCUGAUUUCGGCUGGAUCCUUGUUGAGCUUUGCCGACAAGGUUGAGGGAAAACUCAGGGUUUUAGAAUAAAGUGUUGAGCCUCCCAGAUCCAGGUAGCAUCCUGUAGCUGACCAUGGCUUGCCUCUACUGGAGAACCUUUAGCAGUGGAGUUCCCUCUUUGUAGGCUGAAUCUCGGCGCUCUUCCUCCCUUGCAGGGUUCUAGAUGUGGGCCAUGAGGACUGGCAUUGGGCUUUGGAUGAGGUCGAUGAUGAUGAUGAUGUUGAAAACGCAUUUAAUUUCUAAGCAGCAUGCAGGGUCGAAUCAUGGUAACCGCUGACCAGAAUGAUUGCGAAUGUUUGCGCUUGCGGUGGGUUGCGGCUGCCACUGGAGCGGACCCUGGCUCGUCUGCUUCUUUUAGUGGGUGCUGCUGCCAAGUUGGUGUGGAGAACUUGGCAGAAGUUGGUAGAACCUGCUGAACCUGUCCAAACAUCCUCUCUUUCUCAUCUAACCGACUGUAUUUUAAAGGAAUAAGUUGAUCAAAUGAAAUCAAAUGUACACAGUUUUGCCCGUCUGCAGGGUUCCUCGUGGUUCUAAAUAGAGCCGUUUGCUUUAUUAAAGAACUCCUGAAGAACCAUCUUUAAGUGUUGGGCUGGGCUCCUCCCUGUUGCUGAGCAGCAGUUAGUGAUGCUAAACUACAUGCUUGCUAUUUAUAGAAAACUUGCAAAAAACAACGAAAGUCUUCCCUGAAAUCUCAGGCUCCACGCUGCAUGUUAGCACCAUGCUCAUUGGUGGGACAUCCAUGACCCUUUGAGCUGCAUUAUCCUCGCAGCUCCAGUGCAGCGAACCCGUCCUGGCUGCUCACCUGUUGCAUUUGUGGGAAAAAGGAAAAUUGUGUACAUUUGAUUUUUUUCCACCAACCAUCUCCUUUAAGAGGCGCUCUGUUCCAUUCCAUCGCAUUGCAUUGCGUUCCAUCUAAUCUGUCCAUUCUUCUUGCAUUUUUGGCGCUAACGAAGGAGAGAAUGUUUGAAGGUGUCGGGUAUUUGAUCUUCCUUUCCCUCCGCCUGCCUUCUAACCUCUGGCUUUUAACCUUCUCACCCCAGUUCCCCAGGGUCAGGAUCUCCGAAUGCGAGACGAGAGGACUCCGACGGCCAUCUGAAUAAAUGACUCACUUGCUGUUUUAUGUUUUACUGUAUUUUCAGUUUGUUUACCAGCCUUUUAUUCAUCACGUUUACAAGCCGAUGUUUACUGCUAGAGACUAUACUGUAAAAGAGAAACGUGUGAUGGUGUUGUGAUUGUGAUUGUAGCAGUUUUGUUACCUCUUGCAAUAAAAGUUUGCGAACUGGCGUGUUGAGUGAUGUGUGUUGUGAGUGGUGUGUGAUGUGCGGGGUGUUGCAGGCAUGACUGCAUGCGGGGUUUGUGGUGGAGGUGUGGAUUAACCCUUAGAAGUCUGGAGUCAUUGGCUUGUUGCUGUAAUAUUUAAAUGGAACUACAUAAUGAGUUACACUUGCAUUCAAUUUGCAUUCAAUCGACCUGCACUCAACAUUUUUCUGCUUUGAUGUGAAAAGGAUUCUUUCUCUGAAAUCUGAAAUGAGACUGUACAGCAGUGCUGGGGUUAGUAAGUAUAUAUCAUGGUGUGUGGAAUACAUAUAUACAUACACACACACACACACACACAC